UACACUCAGAAGAAGCCUUGUUUUUACUGGCAACCUGUUAUUACCGCUCAGGAAAGGCGUACAAAGCAUAUAGACUCUUGAAAGGACACAGUUGUACUACACCACAGUGUAAAUACCUGCUUGCAAAAUGUUGUGUUGAUCUCAGCAAGCUUGCAGAGGGAGAACAGAUCUUGUCUGGUGGAGUGUUUAAUAAGCAGAAAAACCAUGAUGAUAUUGUUACUGAGUUUGGUGAUUCAGCUUGCUUUACUCUUUCAUUGUUGGGACAUGUAUAUUGCAAGACAGAUCGGCUUGCCAAAGGAUCAGAAUGUUACCAAAAGAGCCUUAGUUUAAAUCCUUUCCUCUGGUCUCCCUUUGAAUCAUUAUGUGAAAUAGGUGAAAAGCCAGAUCCUGACCAAACAUUUAAGUUAACAUCUAUACAGAACUUUAGCAACUGUCUGCCCAAUUCUUGUACAACACUAGUAUCUAAUCAUAGUUUAUCUCAUAGACAGCCUGAGACAGUUCUUACGGAAACACCCCAGGACACAAUUGAAUUAAACAGAUUCAGUGGAUGGCAUGGAGCUAACGUCACAAGGUGCUGGUACUUAUUGGUAUUUACCGCCAGAGUGUUUUGUGGUUGGGAAGGAACCACCAAAGAUUUCAAAUAAAGUUGAUGUCUGGUCAGUGGGUGUGAUCUUCUACCAGUGUCUAUAUGGAAGAAAGCCCUUUGGCCAUAACCAGUCCCAGCAAGACAUUCUACAGGAGAAUACUAUUCUUAAAGCUACUGAAGUGCAGUUCCCACCAAAGCCAGUAGUAACACCUGAAGCAAAGGUAAGUUU